AUGUCAUCUGAACCAUCCAACACAUUAGAAACGUCAAGCCAUUUUCAAGACUUACUUGAGGACCUAAACUCUGGUGUGAAAGCUGGCCGCAAAAGAAAGAUCAUCGGUCCGAUUGGACCAUAUUUACGAGCGGCUCGAUGGUUCCCUCUUGCAAUUGACCCAUUUGUCGUGCUGGAGAAAGUCUUAUAUGAUGGUAUGGAAGCUGAGUUUGCCGAAUUGCAGGGGAAUAGUGCCCCAGGUCAAUGUGAAAAUGUAAAUAGUCGCCAGAAGUCAUGCGAGCAAUAUGACGCACUUGUGAAACUUGUGCCAACGUUUAGCGAUGUCAUAUCAGGAUUUGAGAAAGUUCCAUCAGCAAUGGACAACUUCAUUCAUGCGCUUUCCUCUGCAGCCAAUGAUGCCCGAUCUGAUGAUACUGGAAGUCUAAUGCGAGAGGGACUGGUCUACAUGCUUAAAAACCCUGGGUCUGACCAGUUCAAUCCCCCUCUGGUCAAGCAGCAAGGCAAGAUGGCUCGUGGAUGGAAUCAUCCUCAGACUGCGCGGCUGUUGUGCCCAAUGCGGAUGUUGGAUAUGUUUGACCAAGAUCCCCACUCCUUUAUGGAAAGGGUGAGGGAAGGCCAAAUCAAGAUCACGGCCGCAAAACUUCCGGCUUUCCUGUAUGAUCAGUCUGUGUUUGAUUCCGCCAGGAAAAGUCGAGGUUGCCUUCAGGGAUAUUACCUCAAACGCGUUUUCCGUCAUAUAUUCACAGGACCGUCCAGCGCCCUGUCCCCCAAUGCUCGCAGAGGUACCAAGACUCCCAAAGGCCGACUUCACGGAAUGUCGUCACCACUACCACGAGCGAUUGCAUAUGCAGCCGUACAGGCGUACUUCCAGCUUAGUUCCGCAACUGUGUGGUGUCAGGAAAUUGAAGAUCUCAGCCUUGUGGAUCUCUAUGAUAAAGUGGCCGAAAUGUUUGAAGGAAACAGCAACAAGGAAUGGGUAGAAGAAACACUCCGGCUUUGGAAGUUAGAGACUCCCGGACUCCGGCAACAUGGGCGCUCCAGGGCCAGGAGGGAUGUACAACCUGGCGCAUUUGACGACAGUGAAGAUGACAUGGACGGGUUUUUUGAUUCUGAUGAGCAUCCUCCUGAUGUAGGGAACGGAGGCAACCAUCGCAGCGCCGAAGAUAAUGUUCGGACUGAGACCAGUAACCGUGUGGACGGCACAAAUGGUAUCAAUUUUCUCCCACACAUGCAUUUUGCCUACAGCUCAUGCGCAUCCUGA